AUGUCUCCCCAUUAUUAUCAGGCAUAUAUGCAGGUCAUGCAGCCCGUAAUGAAUGCGCAGGGAUAUACCUUGUCGUCCACUUACAUGCCUCAACACACCACCGGUGGAAACACUUCACGAAAUGUAUAUCGUGAUGCUAGCAAUAGUGUCCCUGCGCGGACUAACGAUAGAAAGCCAGACUCCACCAGUGGCCAAACGUAUGCUAGUUGGUACCAGCCUGGCAACUGUCGCUGUACUCGUCAAGGUUGUGUGUUUACUGGCUCUAAGAAAUCAGUCGAGACACAUAUGAUGGACCGCCACUUCAUCUUCCCCCCUGGAUGGCAGAAAAAAGAUGAAUGGGAUACCGAUCCAAGUCUAAAAGGCAAACCUAUUGUGAUUCAAGGAACAUCUCUAAUCCUCGACUCCCAAGAAGCGAUCGAUGGCUGGAUAGCAGAGCGCAAGAACCGGUUUCCUACUACACAGAAAGUGGAAGAAAAGAAAAGGAAGCUAGAGGAGGCUGUCGCGAGAGGCCAGCUGACACCUGAAGACAUGGGCUUACAAGCCAGGAGGAAGCGGAGAAAGGACGAUUCAUCAUUUCGGAGCCAGCAACCAAGGGGUCGAGGGAGAGGAAUGGGUCGUGGCAGUCAUACUAGUUUCACUGUUUCGAGGACUCAAGAUACGUCAUCACCGAUGAAACCUCAGGCAGCACCUCUUCCCCCAUCAAUUCCUGCGGAGCAACAGGAUAGACCUGAUUUGGACUCAAGUUCGGAUGACGGCGCUCCUGAAGUUGUAUCUUCUAAGCCUCCUCAGGCUGCAGAGGCAGCCUUGGUCUUAGCACCGCUCAAGCAAGAACCGCAAUCACAACCGCAACCCAAACCCAUAAAAAGGCCACCUCAACCUCAACCCAAGCCCUCGCCGCGAAAUCCAUUUGCAUCACGACCUACAUUGCUCCGAAGUCUACUUCUUCCCGAAAUUCGCAUCACGGUAUCAAACCUGUCUCAAGCGAUUCGAUUUUUGGUUGACAACGACUUUCUGCGAGGAGUCGAGAUGAAGCCAGGCGAAGCGCAGCAAAAAAUGAUUGAAGUAGUGGGAAGCACUGGACCCCAAAUUCAAACUACUCUCUCAGAUCUGAAGUCCCAGAUGACUGCACCAGAAUAG